AUGGCUAGCACUGGAGAGAGCGAGUUCAAGCGCGUCCAGGAAGACGACGAGGAGUUCCAGAAGGGGCCGCUCUCUGUGCUCAUGCACAGCGUCAAGAACAACUCGCAGGUGCUCAUUAACGUGCGCAAUAACCACAAACUGCUCGCCCGUGUCAAGGCCUUUGACCGCCAUUGCAACAUGGUGCUGGAGAACGUCAAGGAGAUGUGGACCGAGGUGCCCAAGUCGGGCAAGGGCAAGAAGGCAGCGAAACCGGUGAAUAAGGACCGCUUUGUCAGCAAGAUGUUCCUGCGCGGAGACUCGGUGAUCCUCGUCCUGCGCAACCCACACGCGUAA